AUGCCGCGCCAACUAGCCGCCUCGUGGGGCCACGUACUCUCGCUCCUUGCUCUCCAGUUCCUCGUCGUCGCAGUCACUGCCUACGGCGCUCUUUCAGACGACGUCCUCCGAAACAUCACCGUCAACGAGGCCGACUUCGACAUACACAACGGAGGCCUUCUCGCGCCACUCCUCAUUCCCCGAGUUCCCGGCACGCCUGGCCAGGCCAAGGCGCAGGAACACCUGGCCAGUUUCUUCAGGACUCAACUGCCGAAGUGGAACAUAACAUGGCAAAACUCGACGGCGACGACGCCCGCGACCGGGACGAAGCAAGUUCCCUUUGCGAACCUGAUAGCGAGGAAAGAGCCUCCGUGGACCAAGCCGGGCCAGGCGAACUACCUCACAUUGGUGGCGCACUACGAUAGUAAGAUGAAGCCAGAUGGGUUCAUUGGGGCAACCGACAGCGCCGUGCCUUGCGCCAUUCUGUUGCAUGUGGCGAGGUUCAUCGACGAGUAUAUGACGCGGAUGCACGACGAGAUGAUUGCGCUCGGCGAGCUUGGAGGAACUGUCCCCAUGGACAUGGGCGUACAGAUCCUCUUGCUGGAUGGCGAGGAGGCUUUCGUCGCAUGGACGGCUACGGAUUCACUCUAUGGAGCCAGGUCGCUCGCCGCCGAAUGGGAAACGUCCAUGAACCCAGCCAUGUCUAUCUACAAGACCCCGCUGGAGCAGAUUAGCAUGUUCGUGCUCCUCGACCUCUUGGGAACUGCCGGCCCGACCGUCCCGUCAUACUUUCAAACGACACACUGGGCUUACCAGGGCAUGGCGAGCGUUGAGAAGAGAAUGCGCAACCUUGGACUCCUGGAGAGCACCCCGGCCCAGUCAUUCCUUCCCGAAGCCGACAAGAGUCCCAAUCUGUUUGGUUCCGCCGGAGUCCAAGACGACCAUAUUCCCUUCAUUACACGUGGGGUCCCGACGCUCCACCUCAUACCCUCACCGUUUCCCGUCGGCAUAUGGCAUACCAUGAACGAUGAUGGCGCACACCUGGACCCUGCGACUGUGCGAGAUUGGGCGAAGAUUGUGACGGCCUUUACCAUGGAGUGGUUGGAUAUGAUGGAAUUAUUCCCAGAACAAUAA